AUGGAGGCCACCGUUUCCUUUUGUAAAGAGCCAGCAAGAAGGAUUCGAGCCAAGGACACACGCUUAAAAGCGGUGGCAGGGCCUUCAAUUCCCGGUCAGAAGUGCCCAAGCAUUUGUGAAGUGCAAGUGCGACUUUGUUUACCGGUGGUGGUAACCGGUGGUGGUAACGGCAACGCAUCAGUUUUGAAGGUCAAGGAAUCCGAAGCUUCUGAAAGAACAAUUGUAGUUGCUGGUCUUCCAGUUGGUUCCAUUAAUGAUCAGUCACUGACCAUAUUAGUGAAGAGUCACUUUCAAGAUAUUGAGAAUGAGGGUGGAGUUGUUGAAGAUGUGAUAUAUCCAACAAGAACCAAGGGAGUUGCAUAUGUAACAUUCAAAGAAAAAAAAGUUGCAGAGAAUGUCAUCAGAAAAAAGAAACACUAUCUAGCAGAGGUGGUCAGACCCGCUCAACUCACCGCUCAACUCACCGUCUCCCAUUUUAGUGAAAAGGUCUUCAGCUCUGUAAAUGCUGUCCUUGAUCUUUCUGUUUUUCGGAGUCAAAUUGGUCUGAGAAGUCUGGUAAUGGACCUGAAAAGGGAAAUCCCAGCUUUAUGCUUCAGUCCUUUGGAAGCCAAUGGAAGAAUCUCCGUUCAAGGAUCAUUUCUGACUAUCAAGAAGCUCAAAGAAUCUUUGCUAUUAAAAGCAAGUUCUCUUUUAGAAAAAAACAGGGAUAGACAGAGCCCCAGAGGGAGUACAUGGAAAAGUAGUCACUCUUUAAAGCCACCCAGGUCCUCAACACCUGAGACUAUGAGAAGAGGAGAAAGGCUUGUUCUCGACACAGAUAUUUUCCUUUACCUGAAAAAGACGAGCAGAUUUUAUGAAAGCACACUGAAAAAAUUUCAUGUUCUAUGUCAAGAGAGAGUGGAUGGUGAAAUUACCACACUUUGUAUAAGGAAUGCUCAAGGUGGUUCUCAGCCAAACAAUGAAGAACAGGUAAAAGAGCUCAUUGAGAAAUAUUCACAUGCUCUUCACUUCGAGCUUAGAAAGGAGACAUUUAUUUUGGAAGGAAAGGAAAAUAGAGAGAAAAGAAAUAUUAAGCUGGCAUGUGAGCAACUAAGUUCAAGGUACCUUCAGGUUCUGGUUAAUUUUUAUUAUACGCACAUUGACAUUAUAGGAUCUUCUUCUGACACGUACUUGUUUAAAAAAGAGGUCAUGAAAUUAAUAAGGCAGAAAGUUAGGUAA